AUGAACAGGGGUGACUACAUCAAUGAGGCUAACCGUCAGCUUACCAACGAGACGUUCUAUCGCAAACUUGAUAGGGACCCGACGCAAGAAUACGCCAAACUAAUCAAUGAGGCCAUCGAUAGAAUACUCAACAAGGGGGAUAUAGACGCAGAUACCGCUAGUUUCCUGCGUCCCGUAAAUGCUCUAUCAGGGAAAUUCUAUCUCCUUCCUAAGAUCCAUAAACCUGGAAACCCGGGUAGACCUAUUAUCAACUCUAUAAGCCAUCCGACGGAGAAAAUUUCUAAAUUCGUCGAUUUCCAUCUUCGACCAAUUGUUGAAAAUCUACCAUCUUACAUAAAAGACACCACCGAUUAUCCUAAUAAAACACCAUCCAGCAACAUACCAGAAGGUACUCUGCUAGUUACAAUGGACGUCGUCUCUCUUUACACAAACAUCCCUCAUGCGGACGGCAUUAAUGCCUGUCGGGAGGCAUGGGAACGCCGUGGGUAUAAGCACCCAUCGACUGAUAGUCUAGUAGAAUUACUUACACUUGUCUUCACACUCAACAACUUCCAGUUUAACAAUGAAAACUACUUGCAGGUCAGUGGUACAGCUAUGGGCACUAAGAUGGCUCCUUCAUAUGCUAAUGUAUUCAUGGGACAUCUUGAAUCCCAACUUUUAGCAUCUGCUUCAAUUAAGCCAUUCAGCUGGCUCAGAUUCAUCGAUGAUAUUGAAAUCAAAUGGACUUCGAACCGGACAUCACUCGAUGAAUUUAUAGAUCACGCAAACACGUUCCAUCCAACAAUCAAAUUCACUGCAGAGGUCUCCACGGAAACUAACACAUUUCUAGACACCAGUUCAACCUUACUUGACGGAAAAAUAAACACAGACCUCUAUUCCAAACCAACUGACACGCACCAGUAUCUCCGCCCGUCCAGCUGUCAUCCCUCACACACCACGAAGAGCAUUCCCUAUUCCCAAGCUCUACGUAUCCGACGGAUAGUGUCCGAUGAUACAGUCUUCGAACGUCGAUGCUCAGAACUUAAAUCACACCUUCUUGCUAGAGGAUAUAAAUCUACUUUGAUAGAUCGGGAACUAGACAAAGUCAGGGUACUUGACAGAGCCAGCCUUCUAGAAUACAAAGUCAGAACUCCGACACAAAGGGUCCCUUGUGUUGUCACGUUCCAUCCUAACUUGCCGUCUAUUUCUUCCAUUUUACAUAAUCAUUGGCGCAUCAUUGAGUCGUCAGCUGCACUCAAACGGAUCUUUCCAGAACCACCGUUAUUGGCCUAUCAGUUAUUUAACGUUAUCAUGGAACUCCCAGAAGAAUUUCUCUUCAUGUUACUUGUAUGA